AUGGAAUUGGAAGCUUAUCAUUAUGAAAAACAUCUAUUUGAUGCAGAAACUUUCAAUAAAUUCAAAGAUCCAUUAUCAUAUUGGAAUCAUAUCAAUGGUUAUACUAUGGAACUAUAUAAAGUGGCAAUACGAAUUUUCUCAAUAGUAGUUUCAAGUUUGGAAAAGAAAUCUAUAGUAAAAUGUUGGUUAGAAUUAGUUGAAAAUGAAAGUUUUGAGAAUGAUCAAGAUUUAUUAGAACCACUUAAUGAAGUUAAUACUGAAGAUAAUAAUGAUUUUAUGAAUACUUUGGAGCAAGUUCAAGAAGGUUUGCAUCCAGCUGAUGAUAAUAACACAAAAUAG